AUGUUGUUUUACCAUGAUCAACGAAGCUGCAGGGUAAAUCGUUUCACUUUCUCUUUUAAAAUGUGAAACGAUACCAGCCAGCAACGGACUUUGAUGUGCGUUUGGCAGAAUAUGGAACUGUUAGACUUAAUAGGAAGAAUACAUAGGAAAUAUUCACACUGUGGAAAUACCCGAUAAAGGAAGCUUAGAAACAGUUAACAACAUUGCAACAACAACAACAGCCCUGUACCUCCAGGCUUCAACACUGUACAAGUCGGUGAUCAAACAUUUUCAAAAUGGAUACAUGCAGUGUGAAUCUAACAAUCUAUUUAAAGAACGGCGAUACAAAACUCUUUACAAAGCCCGUUCGGACAGUCAAUAAAAGUGAAGAGCCAUCACAUAUUCACCUGAACAGCUUGCAUGGAAAUAUUCUUCAGCUGCAGAAAGAAUCCAAUAUAUUUUUGACGACAGUUGUGGAAAACGAGAAAGCUGAGAUGCAAGAAGAUCAGAGUAAAAAAAGAACGAACAAAGACAACGAUGACGACGCUGACGAUGAUGAUGAUGAUGAUGAAGAGGAUGAGGCCUCUAAUGCUGAACCUGAAUCCAAAAAGAAAAAAACAUGACAAAAACCCUGAACUGAAUUUACAUGUCGACUGAAUGCCGCCAAUGUGACAAGUACCAUUUUUUGAAGUCUUUAGUACGAUCCUACCCAAAUUUGAUCCCGAGCCUCCUGACUUCGAGGACGCUCUAAUCAUUAAGCCACCGAAGCGGUGUUUCCAGUUCCCACAGUGCACUUUGGUUCCGAUAUAUUAUUUCACGACCCAGAAUCUUUCCAGUUUCUGUAGCGCAUAAUAGCUCUACUAUGUUGUUACAUGAUCCAGAUCGUUUCCAAUUUCUGUUGGGCACAAUGGGUCUAUUAUAGUAUUUUAUGAACCAGGGUGAUUCAAGUUUCCAUAGCGUAGAAUAGUUUUACUGUAUCAUUUCUUUUCUUUCUGUAGUGCACUUUAGCUCUGCUGUUUUAUUUUGUGAACCAGGGCGUUUCCAGUUUCCGUAGCGCACAAUUGUUCUACUGUGUUAUCACUUAAAUCAGUGUUUCCAGUUUCCAUAGCGCACAGUAGUAGAUAGAUCUAUUGUAUUAUUUUAUGAACCACAGCCUUACCAUUUUCCAUCGAGCAUUAUGGUUUAUUUAAGUUAUUACAUGAACCAUAUAUUUUCCAGGUGCGAUAGCGCACCAUGUUUCCGCUAUGUUAGCACGUGAACCAGAGCCUUUCCAUUUUCCGUAGCACAGUAUGGUUCUGCCUUAUUAUUUCAAACAUAUAUUUUCCAGUUUCCAUAUUGCAGUAUGGUUUUACAAUAUAUAUUUUACGAACCAAAGCGUUUCCAGUUUGAGUAGCGCUCCAUAGUUUUAUUAAUAAUAUAGAAGCUUAGUAGCUGGUAUAUUAUUUUAUGAACCACAUAUUUUUCACUUUCCAUACCGCAUUAUGGUUUUUACGAUAUAAGUAAAAGUAAGUGUAAGUAUAUCUGAACCGAAUAACACAUAGACAUGCCAUGUACAGAGCCGAUUAUAAAUAGCAAAAAUAUUACCGGACGGAACAAUAGUACAAAGCGUCAAUAAAACAUUCAAACCAUAUCUUAAUCCAUAAAUACUUGACUGUGUAUGUAUUUAUGAGUGUACUGUUCAUCUUUAGAGACUGUCAUUUUUAAAAUGUGACCUAGUUGAGACACCUAAAUCAUCUACAAUUAAGAGUUAUUGCUCAGUAAUUUGCAAUCACUAGUGAAAGGCAUGGUA